AUGGACUACAAAUACUACGGAGCGCCGCAGCCACAGUACAGCAGCAACAGCCACUUUGUGGGCGGCAGCGGGCACUCGCACGCGUUUGCAUCGACGGGGCCGGAGCGGGACUCGACACGCAGCAUAGAACCGCUCGACGCCAUCCUCUUCCCCUCGGCCUACGAUGCCAUUGGCUUCACCAACGGCCUGCCCACCCCCCACCAGGGCUCUCCCGACAACGCAGCAGCACACACGCCCAUGCCGGUAGGCAGCGUAGAUUCGGGCAUUGGCGCGGAAUUCGAUGAGGGCCGGAACAGCCGGACGAGGAGCAGCAGCGAGGAGAAGGACACGCUGACGCCUGCCCAGAGCAGGCGCAAGGCACAGAACCGCGCUGCCCAGCGUGCCUUUCGCGAGCGCAAGGAGCGCCAUGUCAAGGAGCUCGAGACCAAGCUCUCCGCUCUCGAGUCCAGCACCCACUCGCUCCAGUCGGAUAACGAGCGUCUGAAGGCCGCCCUGCACCGCGCCCGUACUGAGAACGAGGUUCUGCGUGCCAGCAGCGGCCACGCCUCCGCCUCGCCCCCGCCCCCCGUGUCGGCCAGCUAUCCCUCGCCCGGCGCCCAUAUGCUCCUGGAAGAGGACGAGAAAGACGACGCCUACACGGUCCAGUCGCUGAACAAUGGCAGCGUCAUCAAUGCCCCCGACAAGGAGCACUCCCGUCCCCAGAACCAGGGCAAGCAGGUCCCCGCUGCCCAGGCCUGGGACCUGAUCCAGUCGCACACGCUCGUCAAGCAAGGCCUCGUCGACGUGGCCGAUGUGUGCGACCGCCUGCGAGGCUCUGCCAGGUGCGAUGGCCACGGCCCCGUCUUCGAAGAGACCGCCAUCUGGCAAGCCGUCGAGGAGUCGCGGCGCUGUGGAGGCGACGAACUCAUCUAA